AUGUGUUGUUGAAAACUCUAAACAAUGCAUAACUGUUGCAUAUGCUAGCACUAUUGAUAAUGAAAACCCUAAUCGAGAAUUUGACUUUACCAGUGUCCCUAUAUGCAUACCUCAUUGUAUGUUUUCCGUCCUUGUUAAUCAUAACCCAAAAAUAACUGAGAAGUUCAUUCAUUUUGGUGUCAAAUCUGUAGAAUAUAAUUCUAUCACUGGAUCAUCUAAUGUUAAGAUGAAAAUAAUUGUUUUUUAUUCUUCUCAAUUCACAAGAUUUAAACAUUUAGGACAUUUAGGAUCUAAUAUUAAAGUAGGAAAUGCUUACCUUGUAUCAGGUCCCUUUAAGUUCUCGGAUUCUGGAAAAAUAGUGAUUGAAGCUACUGAUAUCGAUUAUUCAAAACCACUGCUCUUGAAUUUUAACAAUCCUAAAAUUCCUUCCUCCACAUCAUCAAACACUCGCACCAUUAUUGAUAUUAUAGUGGAUGAUGUUGAUUCUACUUUGCCUUCUUUAAAUGUUGCUGAUGUCGAAGUUAAUUUAUCUCUUGGACAAAAGAAUUGUAUUGAAUUAGAUGCGAAGGAUAAUAAUAGUGAACCUAAUUUUGAAUAUGAACCUGAUGAGCAUGAAAAUUCAUCAGAUCGAAAUGAUGAUUAA